GGUGUUUUUUUUGGGUGAUUAUGGUGUUAUGGUUGAGAUUUUUGUGGCUGUAGCUUUUUCUGGUUUCCUUUUUGCCUUUUCUGGUUUUAUCACAAGGUGAUGAAUGGGAUGGGGAAGAUAAGCUCAGGCUACCUUUGGUUGCGGAUGAAAUGUGGGGGAAGAAGGGAAAUUUGUUCAACUUGGGCUUUUCGAUUCUUACCACAUAAGAAAAUCAGUUUAUUUGCUUUAGUUGGAUCGAAUGUUUAAACAUGAGUCUGGAAUUUUCGUUUCUUUUCUUUUCCUUCCCUUUGUUUUCUCUGCAACCAAACAGAGGGUUGAGUUUUCUACAAGUUUUAUGUUGUUUUCAGAUUUCUUAUGGAAAUCAAAUCGUCCCUGUUUGGGUUGUUCCUUUUUCUUUUCUUUUCUUUUCUUUUUUUCCUUUUUUUUUUUUUAGCUUCCAGAGUCUAAGCAGAAGUCUUUGUGAAAUCUUCUAGUUUUUUCCUUUCCUAAUUGUGGGGUGGGAUUGUUUCAAGGCUUUGAAAUCUUGCAAUUUUGCUUUUAAAAUUGAACUAUUCCUGCAAUUUUGCCUGUGGGGUUGAACUGUGCUCCUUUAUUGUCUUCUUCUCCUCCAUCUUCCUCUGAAUAUUGAUUGAUCAUUCACUGUUAUGAGUUGUAAUUGACAAUGAUGCCAGCGAGGAAGCCACUGUUAUUCAGGUUGACAGUGUUAACAAACAUGGAAUUCUCCUGGAAGUAGUCCAAGUUCUAACAGACAUGAACCUUGUUAUAACCAAAGCAUACAUCUCAUCUGAUGGGGGAUGGUUCAUGGAUGUGUUCAAUGUGGUCGAUGGAGAUGGAAACAAAAUCAGAGACAAAGGGGUCAUCAAUUAUAUCACAAAAACACUUGAAAGAGAUGCCAGCUUUGUGCCUCCAAUGAGAGGGACUGUUGGGGUGAUGCCCUCUGAAGAUCACACCUCAAUUGAAUUGAGUGGUACAGACAGGCCUGGUCUACUGUCCGAAGUGUGUGCAGUUCUUGCAGACCUUCACUGUAAUGUGGUGAAUGCUGAGAUAUGGACACACAAUGCUAGAGCAGCAGCUGUUGUUCAUGUUACAGAUGAUUCCACAGGGUGUGCGAUUGAAGACCCUAAUCGACUCUCAAAAAUAAAGGAACUUCUUUGCAAUGUUCUGAAAGGAAACAAUGACUUGAAGACAGCAAAAAUGACACUUUCACCCCCUGGGUUUACACAUAGGGAGAGAAGGUUACAUCAGAUUAUGUUUGCAGACCGCGACUAUCAAAGAGUGGAAAGAGCAGAACUUGGGAAAGAUAAGAGCUCAAGGCCCCAUGUAACUGUAUUGGAUUGUAUUGAGAAGGAUUAUACUGUGAUUACUAUGAGGUCAAAAGAUCGGCCAAAGUUGUUGUUUGAUACUGUCUGCACUCUAACAGACAUGCAGUAUGUAGUUUUUCAUGGAGUGGUCCACACAGGGCGGAUGGAAGCUUAUCAGGAAUAUUAUAUCAGGCAUGUUGAUGGACUCCCUAUGAGCUCAGAUGCUGAGCGAGAACGUGUCAUAGAGUGUCUUGAAGCAGCAAUUGAAAGGCGAGCAUCUGAGGGACUGGAGCUAGAACUCCGCACUGAAGAUCGGUUUGGACUUCUGUCUGAUAUCACCAGGGUAUUCAGGGAGAACAGUUUAUGUAUUAAAAGAGCAGAAAUAUCAACAGAAGGUGGGAAAGCCAAAGACACCUUCUAUGUCACAGAUGUGACUGGUAAUCCAGUCAACCCCCAAAUUAUUGAUUCAAUUCGCCAACAAAUUGGGCACUCCAUCCUGCAGGUGAAGAACUCCAAUCUUUCACCAAAGGCCCCCCAAGAGACAACAAUGAGUUUCCUCUUUGGGAACAUCUUCAAAUGUCGAACUCUUCAGAAUUUCAAAUUGAUCAGAUCCUACUCUUAAUACCUUCCUUCCCAUACAUACACUUCCAUAAGUAGAAACUGUGCAGACAUAUCAGAUGCUUCUUCUGGAAAAAAGAAACGAUAUACAAAGAGACUAAAGGACAAUGUAAAUAGUCUCCCCUUCCUCUUGUUGCAGAGGGUUUACUGCUAUGUCCUGAUACUGGAUAGAAGUAACUCAGACACAAAUACUAUACUGUAAAAAUGCCUACUGGUCUCUGUAUAUCCUUGUGUCUUUUAGUAAGCUGUGUACAGUGUGAUAUUACUUGCCUUGUACAAACAAAAUAAAAAUAAAACAAGAUUGUACUGAUGCCUCUAAAUUUAGUGAUUGGAUGUUAUCUUUGGCUUCUUGCAAAUUGAAUUCAUCCAAUCAAAACUAAAUUUGAAGCCCUGGUUCAUUUAA